CCAGUAGAGAUUUCAGAAAAAACGUGGAUGCGAUCAAGCUGAGAUGUCCGCUUCUCUGAGACUAUUUACCAUACACAAUCUGAUUAGUCUCCCUACACCAAUCGGCUUACCUCCAGGAAAUCUUCCAUUGAUCGGUUCGAAUUUCGCAACCGCCGUCGCCGGAGGAUCGGACAUGGCAGUUAAUUCCGUUCGAGUCGCCGCCGCUCAAAUGACCUCCAUAAACGACCUCUCUUCCAACUUCGCCAUCUGUUCUCGCCUCGUCAAAGAAGCAGUUUCAGCUGGAGCAAAACUGAUAUGCUUCCCUGAAGAUUUUUCUUUUAUGCCUGCCAAAGAUGGGGAAGGUCUAAAGAUUGCGGAGCCUUUAGACGGACCAAUUAUGAAUCAAUACUGCUCCGUAGCGAGAGAAUCUAGCAUAUGGCUAUCACUUGGAGGCUUCCAAGAAAAGGGACCUGAUGAUGAACAUUUCUACAAUACACAUGUCGUAAUUGAUGAGACUGGAAUUAUCAGAAGCACUUAUAGGAAAAUACAUCUGUUCGAUGUUGACGUUCCUGGUGGAAGGGUAUAUAAAGAAAGCAACUACACAAAGGCAGGAGAAGAUGUUGUGGCGGUCGACAGUCCUAUCGGACGCCUUGGUCUGACUGUAUGCUAUGAUUUGAGAUUUCCUGAGCUUUACCAGCAGUUGAGAUUCCAACAUAACGCUCAGGUUUUAUUGGUUCCUUCAGCUUUUACAAAAGUAACUGGGGAGGCACAUUGGGAAAUUCUUCUUCGUUCUCGUGCAAUUGAGAAUCAAUGCUAUGUCAUAGCUGCUGCUCAAGCAGGAAAACAUAAUGAGAAAAGAGAGAGUUAUGGUGACUCUUUAAUCAUUGACCCAUGGGGAAAAAUAGUUGGUCGAUUAUCUGAUCGAUUAGCCACGGGAAUUGCUGUAGCAGACAUUGAUUUUGACUUGAUUGAGUCGGUGAGAUUAAAGCUUCCAAUUGCCCAGCAACGGAAGCCCUUUGACUUUUGGAAACCAACGACUCUAUGACUCCAACGAUUCUCAGCUGUUAUCCACCAUAUUAUAAAGUCAGUAAGAGCUUCUGCUAAUCUGUGUGUGGACAAGUUUUAUCUUAUUUAAGUUAUCAGACUUCUAACAUUGUUUCUAUUUAUUUCUUAAUCUUUGGAGAUGAAUUUGAUCCUUAAGUUACUCUACUUUUAAACAGACUUUUCUUUUUCUUGUACAAGUGGAGGUGAGUGGAUAGGAUACAUUAAACUUGUAGACAUUUGAGCCAUCACUAGUAAGAGAUGGUACUUUAUGGAGUUUUAAUUUGUGAGAUA